GGCAGCAGCAGUAGCAGCAGCAGCAGCAGAAGCAGCAGCAGGGUUUCAUUGGUUCGCAGUUGUGGACGAUCGGCGGACUCAUUCAGGGAGUGCGUGGAAUACAUUGCAGGCCCGACGUCUAUCCCGGUGAAUGAACCAGCGCCGUGUAACUGGUCUUGAUUACGUCCAGGUGCAGCCAAGUCGUGCAUUAGGAUUCUCUUAACCUAAGCUGGUAGAAGAUUUGGUUGAUCCGUUAGGAGGCGUAAUGAACACGUCGAGAUUCAUCGUGUUAACGUGAGAGAGAGAGAGAGAGAGAGAGAGAGAGAGAGAGAGAGAGAGAGAGAGAGAGAGAGAGAGAGAGAGAGAGAGAGAGAGGUUUGGGACACCACAGGGGGAGGGUUGAGGAGCAGGAAGGAUGUCGGCGUUCUCGAAGCGGAAAAAUUUUCGGAGGAAGACUGCUGAAGAGGAUGAUGGAGACGAGGGGGAGGAGGAGACAAAGAGCUUAGGAGCCGGUGGUGGAGGUGGUGCCGCUGGGGGCGGGAAGAAGGAGAAGGCGAAGCCGAAGAGCUUUGGUGGUGCAAGCCUUCUCAGCUUUGGUGAUGACGAAGCGGAGGAGGAGAUGACCGUGGCAGUAACGGCGAAGAGCGGCGGGUCUUCCGCGGGUAAACCCAUUAAGAAAAAGAGCGUUGGAUUCGGUUCCAGCCUGGGAGGAGGGCAUCAUGGCCCCAAGGCGCUUGGGUCAUUGUCCCGGUCGUCAGCGCCGCCGACUGUGUCCACCAUCCAGCCGCAGGCGGGGGAGUAUACUGCCGAGAGAUUAGCGGAGCUGCAGAAGAACACUAUAAGAGUUGGAGGGGCUCUGCAUCGAAAUGGCAAGAAGAAGGGAGGAGGGGGAGGGGGAGGGGGAGGGGGAGGGGGGGGGGGCGGGGGAACAGGCAAUCAAGGGAUAAUGGCGACGAAGAUGGAGGUCUUGGCGCUUCCGCUGACCACUCCUCCCCCGCCGCCGGCGUCGCGCGGCCCCUCGGAGCCGUUGAUUGUCUUGAAGGGCGGGUUUAAGCCGUCAAGCGGUUCCGCGGGGAUAGCGGAGAGGCGCGGAGACGAAGGGGGGGAAAGUGCGGGAAUGAAGAGCGGGAGAGAGAGGAUGGAGCAGAGGGGGAUAGUGGGUGGCGCGGGGGGGACGACGGACGGUCUUGCGCCCACCUCUGCUGGCGUCGAGUCCCGACUCUCCGCUCUCGGCAUCGCAUCGGGGGGGGCAGUUGGCGUGGGCGGCGGGGUGACGCAUAUCCCCGACGCGGAGGCCAUCCGCGCCGCAAAAGCGAAGCGCGAGCGGAUGAGGCAAGCGCAGGCUGCGCCAGAUUACAUAUCGCUUCAUCAAGGGCCGGGGGGCGGAAGUGGAUUCGAUGAGGAGAGGAGGGGCGUGGUAGGGGGGAGAAGGGAGAGUGGGUUGGUUAGAGAGCAGGAGGAGGAUCUGGACAGGGAGGCGGUCGACAGCAGUGACGACGAGAUGGAGGUCAAGGGGAGGAUGAUGUUUCUAGGGGACUUGAAGGGUGCACAUGCUGCAACGAAGGCACAGCUUGACCGCACAGAGCAAAGCCUUGCGCAGUCCAAUGCCGCUCUUGGAUCGCAUCAGAGCGCUUUGGCUUUGGCCGGAGAGAAGUACCAAUUUGUGCAGGAGCUGAGGGACUUUGACAAGGCACCCAUAAUAGAAGAACUGGAGGAGCAUAUGCUGAAAUUACAUGAGGAACGCGCAAAUGCAUUGAUGGAAAGGCGGACUGCCGACGAUGCGGAUGAGCUUGCAGAAGCCGAAGCUUCCGUGUCAGCGGCUAUGGCUGCCAUGAAACGAGGAGCCAAUGCUGCUGCCGUCGCCUCGUCGGCAGCGGCUGCGGCAGCGAUGUUCACGAGAGAAAGGGAGAACCUGCCGCCGGAACUCGACGAGUUUGGGAGGGACUUGAACUUGCAGAAACGGCUGGAGGCGAAGAAGAGACUGGAGGCCAGAGCAAGGCGCCGGGAGAAGGCAAGCUUGCGAAGAGCCGAGAAGCUGUCGGCGAUAAAUGUAAAUGGAGGCAGAACUGCUGGGUCUGGGACAGUGGCUACACAACCGCAAGUAUCCAUAGAGGGAGAAAGCAGCAGUGAGGAGAGCGAGUGCGAGCAAGCGGCAUACAAAUCACGGCGAGAAGACAUUCUUACGAUGGCGGCCGCUGUUUUCAAUGAUGCGAGGGAGGAUUUCGCAAAGCUAUCGAAAGUCAAGGAGACACUGGAGCAAUGGAAGAGGAAGUAUCCUGGUACAUACAGGGAUGCUUACUGUUCGCUGAGCGCGCCAGGUCUGUUUGCUCCUUAUGUCCGGCUGGAACUGCUGAAUUGGGACCCUAUAUAUGGGGAUGCAGCACUGGAUACCAUGUCUUGGCAUAAGGAGCUUUUCAUGUAUGGAUGGUCAGCAGACGAUGCUGAGCCGCAUCCGGAUGACGAUGAUGGAAACCUGAUACCCAAGCUGGUUGAGUCUGUCGCUGUUCCUUUGCUGCACCAUUAUUUGGUCAACUGCUGGGAUCCUAUGAGUGUGAGCAGCACAGAGCGGGCAGUUAAUGCGGUGAAGGAAACACUGAUAUACGUCCCGGCUGAGUCGUCGGCGCUGAAGGAUGUUCUUUCUGGAAUACAGAAGCGGAUGUCAGAUGCUGUUGCAAAGAUGCAUGUACCUGCAUGGACCCCUGCUGUAUGUGCUGCUGUCCCCAAUGCUGCAAUGUGGGCUGCUCAGAAGUUUGGUGCAUCAGUUCGACUUCUUCGUAGUCUGACCUGUUGGAAGGAUGUAUUGUCGAGGAGUUUGCUCGAGCAGCUGGUCCUUGACGAGCUUCUUGUUCAGAAGAUGCUUCCGCAUUUGCGGAAUGUCAUACCAACACCGCAUGACGCGAUCACAAGGGUAGAGAGAGUGGUGGUUGUAGUGUCUGAGGUAUGGGGCCGAGCAAGCGGUGCGGUGGGACUGAAUUUGAAGCUGGUACCACUAGUUGAUUACCUUUCAAUUGUCGGACGGGCCGUUGAGGGACGGCGGGAUGAUGGGCUGAGUUCACAGGAAGAAGCUGUGUCUAUGGCAAGGAGGUUGAAAAAGAUGCUUGUUGAUUUGAAUGAGUAUGAUCGGGCACGCAGAUUGUCGAAGACGUUCCAGCUUAGAGAGGCGCUACAUGCGGAGGUGGAGAAGCGGGAGGACGACGAUGUUGUGGAGGAGGAAGAGCGGGAGGAUACGAUGACGAGGAGGAGCGAGAGGAGUACGAUGACAUGGAGGAGCGGGAGGAGAACGAUGACGCGGGAGGAGAAUGGUGACGUGGAGGAGGAGGAGCGGGAGGAAAACGAUGACGUGGAGGAGGCGGAGCGGGAGGACAAUGACGUGAGGAGCAGCGGGAGAAGGACGCACAAUCUUUCGCGCAACCGUGAGAAGACAAGAUGGGUCACGCUGCGGUCUGGAACUCGCACCCUAAGAAGUAUGGGCCUGGCUCGCGUACAUGCCGUGUGUGCGGUAAUGGCCACGGGCUCAUCAGGAAGUAUGGCAUCAAUACCUGCCGUCAAUGCUUCAGGACUUACGCGAAGGACAUCGGCUUCGUGAAGUAUCGAUAAACGGCCACUUCAGAGACGCGUGGCGUCCUGAAGGUUUUCCUCGAGAACGUAAUUCGUGAUGCUAUGACUUCUGCCGAGCACCCUUGUCUCAAAAUGGUGACGGCCAUGGACGUUGUCUAGUCUCUCAAGCGACAAGGCCGCACCCUAUACGGGGUUCGGGGGCUGAACGAGCGAAUAUUUGUCGCGUCCUGUUGGACCUGUGCUACACGCUUUUGAACGGUGUUUCCUAACACCACCAAAUCAAUCUGAUGCUAUCUCUCUGUCUGAAUGAUGUAUUGUCGAGGAGUUUGCUCGAGCAGCUGGUCCUUGAUGAGUUUCUUGUUCAGAAGAUGCUUCUGUAUUUGCGGAAUGUCAUACCAACGCCGCAUGACGCGAUCACAAGGGUAGAGAGGGUGGUGGUUGUAGUGUCUGAGGUAUGAGGCCGAGCAAGCGGUGGGGUGGGACUGAAUUUGAAGCUGGUACCACUAGUUGAUUACCUUUCAAUUGUCGGACGGGCCGUCGAGGGACGGCGGGAUGAUGGGCUGAGUUCACAGGAAGAAGCUGUGUCUAUGGCAAGGAGGUUGAAAAAAAUGAUUGUUGAUUUGAACGAGUAUGAUCGGGCACGCAGAUUGUCGAAGACGUUCCAGCUUAGAGAGGCGCUGUGAUUGCCGCCGCUCGCUCUGCAUGUGGCAUGCUUCUUCUCGUGCUAUCUGUUUGCUGUCACUGGGCCUCGAUCCACUACUCACCAGCUGUGCAAAUUUGAGAAUGCUUAUUCUGCCAGAACAUGGAAAGGUACACGGUCAURUUCUUUGUCUUUUGUGCUUGUCGUGAGUAGUGGAGUGAGGCCCAUUAUCACGAGUUUUUGGACAUUGUUUGCAUGUGCUUACACUGUCUUAUGCGCCGAUUUCCCUUAAAAUAG